GAGAGAGCGGUGAGUGAGUUACCGCGAAGAGGAGCCAGGAGGAACGAGUAGUCGGCGAGCCGAAGAUGCCGCUUCCGAAGCGACUGGUGGAGCCUGUGCACGUGGCACGCGGCACCAUCCCUGAUGACUUCCCGCUGCCAUCGGAACUCGAGGCAGCCACCAAUGGUACUCUGGCCAACACUAUCAGGCAACUCUCUAGCCUAUCGAGGCACGCCGAGGAUCUCUUUGGCGAGCUGGCGAGAGAAGCGCACGGAUUGAGCGAUCGAGCUAAUUCCCUGCAGGCUAGGAUAGAUCGUUUGGCCGUCAAGGUCACCCAAUUGGACAGUAACGUCGAGGAAGUCUCGUUGCAAGAUAUACACAUGAGGAAAGCGUUCAAAAGUUCCGUGGUGUUCGACCAGCAAGUCGUCUCCAGGGACACCAUGCCGACAGCGAUGCUGGAAACGUAUCACCAAUGCGACACGCCGCCGCCCCUGGACAAGCUUAAUAUUUACAGGGAGGAUGGCAAGGACGGCUUGAAAUUCUACACCGAUCCGAAUUACUUCUUCGACCUGUGGAGUCAGGAAAUGCUCAAAGACACGGAGAAGAAAUUGCACGAUCGAGGAAAGAAGAGCGAGUCUGAAUAUGCCGAACCGUUCAGAGAGCCGCACAGGCCUCGGAAUGAGGGUGGCGGCGGAGGAGGCGGCAGGCACAAGAAGCGCGUGAGGCAGCCGCAUAAUACGAGGGAACGGCAACGGCAACUGGCAGUCGGCCAUGGCGAAUACAUCAUGCCGACGCAGGCGGUGCAGUACAGGGCGCCACACAAUGUACAGCCCGACGAUGCGUUACUGGGAAUAGUAAUGACGGAUCCCAGGCCGCCCAGACCCAACAGCAUCGAACUGCGACGAAGCUACCCUCCAGAAGAACAGCAUCUCUACAGCCCGCCGUCUUCCGAUCUCUACAGGGGAACGAACUAUAUGACUCAGGGCUACGAUGAUAAUCCAUACGGUUCACAUUACGCCUCGGGUCAGGGGCCGCCCGGCAGCGAGGCGUAUCAAAGUCCCGGCGGUCAAAGCACCCCAAGUCGGGGCGGUAGGUCGCGACCGUCACAACCGCCACCGGCUCCGCCGAGUAACGCUUCCAGCAAUUCCACGCCCACGGUGGCGUCUGCCAACAACACUCCCACCAGGGGAAGAUCCAUGAGCACCGGCAGGGACACCCUACCGCCGCCACCACCACCACCAGGAGAAACCAUGUCUCCUCCUUCCAUGAAUGGUUCCAUACCUCCGCAUUUGCUGAACAGGAGCGGAAGUCGGUCGGACAGUCCUCUACCAAGCCAACGUUCGACACCAACACCGCCGAAUCAUUCAGGCCAAUUGGGAGCGGACGAGACAGAUCCAGCACCCCAGGAUCUUCCGCCACCCCCGCCCACCCCAGAUCCCACCCCGCCAAGACCCAUCUCACCUCCGUGCAACAUCCCGCCACCUCCACCACCGCCGCCUCCUCCACCGGUCGUCAACGGACCCACGGCGCCGUUACCGUUGACAAACGGCGAUAUCGCGAAGAUGAUUGCAACCAAUCCGCCGAAGCUCAGGCCCCUGAAAAGCAUUGUGGAUGGCCAGCUAAAGAAACCCGUCAACCCGAAUAUUCCAUUGGUCGACCCGCGAAACGACUUGCUCAAAGCGAUUCGCGAUGGCAUAAAACUGCGCAAGGUAGAGAAGAUCGAGCAGAAGGAGGUGGAGCGCGUGAAUGCGCUCAACGACGUCGCGUCCAUCCUGGCGCGUCGCGUUGCCGUCGAGUUCAGCGACAGCGAUUCGGCAUCGGAGAGCGAGUGCGACAGCGAAGGCUGGGGUGAGCAGGAGAGUAAUCUGGCGUGACCCAACUCCCUGUCAUCCGCCGCCGUUUCUGCCUCUUAAGGAAACGGCCGAUCAAUUCGUUUCGAUGCUCCGACGCCACCCUAACGUUCUCCGGCGCUGUAGCGAGCCGAUCUAUUCUGUUUCUCGUUUAGUAUCUCCAUGGCCGAUAUCUCUCUUCCGUGGAAUCGCAAAACGCUCGCGCGCUUUAAACAUUAUGUAUUUAGAUUAUGUAAAUUCUGAAUUGUAAAAGGAUAAUUUUGCACAAUUCUCUCAACGGAGAUCAUUCGUCAUGGAGAAUACACAGAUAUGAUCUUAAUUUAUUAUUGCUCGUCGACGAACAAAGACAAUGUAAAUUUCAUUAAUGGAAAUGAUUGUUCGCUCCUUUCAUCGCGUUAUUAAUAUGAGAAAAAUUGAAGUGAUAUCGAUAUUCACAUUAUAUUUUUGCUCUAUUAAUCUUCUGUGUUGAGACAUUUAUUCUGCAAAAAGAUACAAAGUAUCACUCGAUUGAAAACAGUGGAGGAGUCGAAGAAAACAGUGUUAAAUUUCUGAGAAAAAAUUCUUGAAAAAUAUAUUUGAGUUUCGACGAUUUCAUGGAAUCGUCAAUCAUGACAUCGUCCUUUUGUCUCACAAGUCAAGUCGCAAUAUUGAACCGACUGGUCGGUCAAUCAGUCGAAAAAGCAAUAGCACUGUUUAGUUUAAUCAUUCUGUUCUUAGGACGUCCUCGAAGACCUGCUAAUUGCGGCCAAUUUAAUCGCGAACGUAGUUCAACCGAAUCGCGAUUCGAAUCUUGAGUGCCAGCGAACGGAGCACUCGUGAGCUCGUAAAAAAAAACAAUGCGAAGAUCACGCACUAGUUAAUAGUGUAAUUCGUAGAUCCAGGUUGUAAGUUUCCUGGAACGGCAGGAACAUCCUGGAAAAGGCGGCUGACAGCUUGAACGCCACAUUUAUAGUCUUUUUAAAAUACUGCGCUUUAAAUUAAAAUACCUUCCGCAUAUUUCCGGCUUGUACGGCUCUCUCAGAGAUCACAGUUUAUAUAGGUAUUGAUAAAUAUAUAUAACACAUAUAUAUUAUUUUAUAUGUUAUCAUUAUAUAAUCACUGUAUAAAUUCAUCCAUCAAGAAAACAUAAAUUUCUAUAAAUUUAUAUGAAUUUUCGGAACGAGAGAAUGUAAGAAGCAUUAAAUAAGAAAAGGUACAGACUAGAUUUCUACGCGUAAUCUUGGUAUUUAUAAAUGAGAUAUAAUUCUGGUCAUGAUAAUAAUAUUACAGGGCGUUCAAACUGUUGGCAGAAAUAUGCGCACACAGAAAGAAAAAGUGAACGUCGACUUGCCGAAGUCGUGGCUCACCAGGUAGUAAUGACUUCCUUCCCGGCACAUUCCAUAACGACGCUGUACGACGGUGCAUGACGAUCGUUCACUCGUACACACUCAUAUACACGCGCAGACACACACACACAUAAAUAAAUAAUAUAAGAUAAUAAUAGUAAUAAUAUAUAAGCGUCUCUACUUACCCCAUAGACGAGCGCUCCGCGUAAAAUCUAUCGCACUAUCGACAAGGCGACGCGAGUUAAACCAAAAGGGCGCAGGGCUGGGUACUCACGAGCGAGACUGUAAGAUAGAAAACUUUAAUACCGAAGCUCCUCUUUCGUAUAAUUCUUUGUCGCGACAGCCCUCCGAAAUUUUCUUAUCCUCCGCCGUUUCUUAAGCCGCGAUCUUCCAUGUUACGGCGUCGACCCGCAAGACGAUGCGAAAGUAAUCGCGCUAGUUUUAUGGAUACACUGAUUGUGAAUAUCUUUUAUCCCCGCACGCCUCUUUUUUUCCAAACAAUUUUACGCGAUGCAUUGUUUUGUGCAUCAUUGCUGUAUGACAAUCACGCGUACGAUAAAUGUCUCAGUUUUUUUUCAAGAGGAAGAAAACAGAAAGCGUUUCGUAACUCAAACGGGGCGAUUACUUUUUGCGUCAUUUGCGGAAACUGUUGUGUCGAGAAACCAAAAUACUUUCGUUAAACGAUUCGACUAAACGUGCGAGGGAGGAUUAAUAUUUUUUGGCGUAUCCAUUAGCUUGUAACUCGGUGGGAAAGAAGGCGAGAGAAAAGGGUCGUAGGCAACAUAACAUGUUGUUAACGACGCAGGAAACACAGUUGCCAAUCGGAGGGGAGGAAGAAAUAUGUACGAUUGUGAUUUAUUUUGCAUCGAUGUUGGCGAAACACGACGACGACAAUUCUAGAUAAGUCGGUACGCAUAUGUAUACCUACAUAAAUAUAUUUAAAUAUGUAUGUGUAUAUAUGCAUACGCAGAUAUAUAUAAUUAUAUAUAUAUAUAUAUAAAUAUAUUAUAGAAUAUAUUAAAAGAUAUUGGUCGCGUUAAGAAUUACCGCGAAGUUUCACGGCGGUGGCGAGGAAGACGAGCGUUUUUUUUUUCUCCGCCACCACCGCUAUUUCCCCGAGAGUAAGGAUCUGUAAAUUUUCUUGUACGUACCGCAAAUCUUCUGUAAGUAAACGCGAAAAUGGGGCGAGCGAUUCUGUUGGACCAGGUAAAUGGACACCCGAAGACUUUUGCUUAGAAGAAAGCUGGACGAGUCCGGGUAUUCUGGCAUCCUCCUCCGUGCUUAUUAUUUAAAUUCUUCUCAGGAAAUAGUUGAUUUUUAUUUUCCAGAAAGUCCAGUAAGGUUCAUCUUCGCGCUUCGUACACUUUGUUUCUUUUUUAUUUUACAAAGUUUAAUUUUUAUCGCGGUGUUCGAUCGACUUCGACUCGAAUAAGCGUAAUUGUAUCAAAUGCGUUGUGAGAGGGGCAGAAGGGCGUGCCGAAUCAUCAGCAACGACGUGUGUACAUUUACAUGAGUCUUCGAAUAUAGCUUCGGAAGCUAUAAUUUACAGUGUAACGAUAAUCAACGAGGCUUGCUGAGACGAAAAGUGAAGUGCCCGACAGCUCGAGCUUAAGUUUAAUUUAUUUGGAACUGGAACGAAGAGUGGUGCAGGCGAUUUGAAAAGGGAAAAUCGCACGAUUUCGCGUAGAUUAAUCAAAUCAAAUCAAUUAGUCUUUAAUUUCCGAUUUAGGUAAUAUUAUUGCGCCUGUACAGCGAUCAACUUUCCUGUAAGAGUCAAGAGCAUUUGACUAACGAAUUAUGUUCAUCUUUAUUUCGGAAAAGUAAUCGAUAGACAGUGAUUUCGUUCAGCCUCCUACAUGAAUUGUACUUCACGUCAGAAACUUUUUAUUUGAAUAAUCCGUAUUUUGCAUACGAGAUGCGCCAACGACUCUUUCUAACGAGAUAGCUCUUUUAUUUCUUUGUAAAAAAAUAUUUUUGAAUCAAUCGUUAUGAAAAAUUCAUCGGGAAACAGUCAGUUAUCAGUUUCACAGAGAUGUUGGCGCAUCCGGUAUACAGGCAAACAGCGCGCAGUGCAGAUCGAAACUAGACAUAAGGACAUUAGACGUAAAAGGUAUUCUUAGCUAUCUCGCCAAUUUACGACGCAGUAUUUAUCGGAGGUUUUUUCUAAGGAGAAGACAGAGGGAAAAGGGGAGAGAAGAAAAGGGGUGCGAAACGGGAUUCUCUUUUGGAUGUAGGCUUCUCGAUAUCGUGCGAGUUUGUAUGAACGAAAUAAAUAUAGUUGUCACUCGUCUCAACCGCGCUUUCCGCAGGGGGGGUUUCCCGUAAAACUAAAUUAUUGUAAAGCCGUUGUGUACCUAAUGUCCAUGGGUAUUCCAAAGCUUAUGUAAAACGAAGUGUAUGCUCGUGAUACAGAUAUAUAUAUAUAUAAUAAUAUAUAUAUAUAUUCGAGAAAAAAACGGUCGUCGGGGGAUCGAUCGGGAUCGGUAACAUCCGAGAGAUGAGGAAAGAAAUCGACGAUUUGAGGACGGAGAAUGGGGGAGGGGAGGUCUGGGGUACGAGUCGGUCUCCGGGACUCGCGAAGGGAUCCAUCCAGGUUGCAAGAACGUCAUUUACCCACACCGUUACAAAUAUACGAUGGUAUUAUUAAUAAUAAUAAAUUUGUAGCAAAUCUGUACAAAGCCAAAUAAAUCAAAAAAAUUUCGUAAAUCCUCCA